AGUUCUAUUUCCUUUAACGUAUCAUCCAGGUGGUCUUAUUUAAAGAAUGGAUUAAACUCAGGCACAACACGUGGUGCCACUGAUCUGAGUUUAUUUUGGGGGUAAAAUUAAAUAGUUCACGAUGAUACAAUGAAGUUUAAUUUUAAAGAACAUUCAACAUAUAAUCUACUUUAACAGUAAAGAAAACGCCUUCCACAUUUCGGGUCAGUAUUGAGUUGCAAAAUUUCCGAAAAUUACCCUGUAGUCGUCUUAAAUAUUUAGGCCUUUUGUAACUGUUCAGUUAAAGCUUUUUCUUUUAAAGAACGCUCCAAACUAAAAUGAAAGAUGACAUUUAUGUUUAGGGUUGCUCAAAAUGCUUAGAUUAGGAAAUCUCGUGAUUCUAUGAUUUAGACACUGUACCUCGGGGCGAUUUAUAAAUAUACGCAUUGCGAGAUGAAGAGAUGUUCAAUUUAUUAGCAUACGGUUUGAUUUACGGUUGUGGAAGAAUAUAUGAGGUUCAGACGUCAUUGAACAUGCAUGUUGCGAUGGUCGUUUAAAGAAUCCUGGUACUCCACAUAAUAAAGAAAACUCGCUUUAACAGCGGAAAUGCGCGCAGGAUAUAUUUAAUGUGAUGUCUACUUGCUGUUCGGGAGGUUAUGAAUGUUUGGGGUGGUGGGGGGGAGUGGAGGUGGAGUUGGAAAUGGGGGGGUUGAAUAUCGGCUUUUAUUGCAUCACAUGUACAAAGUGUCCAAUCAGCUUUGAGUUGAAGGAAAUUAUUUGGUGGAGUGUCUCUGGACAAGUGUGGCUUUUAUUGAGGACUUUACUCUUGGAACGAAGCGGGAUGGAGUUGGACCCCCCCCCCCAUCUUAAAUAGCUCGUCUAAUCGGGGUUUAGUUACACCUUAAAUCAAGCGGGCGCCUAAGUGCUUCGAUUAAAUGCAGAAUUGUUUAUUCCAACCUUAGUGUCGCUCUCUAUGCGAAUUAUUUAAUAUUAAAAAAAAUUUAAUUAAUGGCAGAGCCGGCCUCACUCUUUUUCGUAUGGCAAGUACAAUGGUUGGGAUUAUUCCAAGGUGCGUGGAUUAUAUCUCAAGUGUUACACUGGAUGGAUUUCAGUUUGGGCAUUUGGAGAUGUUCGGCGUUAGACUGGGUUACCUACGAAUUAACGGCAAGCAAAUGUUCGCCCUGUCUCAAGUGCUAGCUGAUCUCUUCAAGCAUGUCCCCAGGACCACGAUCCGAAAAAGAAUGGAGUACCUGAAAAUCAAAAGGCGUCGCUGCGAUCUGCAGGAACUACGGACUCUCAAAGCCAUGAAAUCCGUGCCAACACGGGCAGUCAAAUGCACGCUCAUUUCCAAAGAGGACCUGGAGGCUCUGUACACGGUUUACAAAGACCCCGAAUGCACCAGGAAGAAACUCAAGGUAAAAGUGAGGGAGAAGGGACAUUUUCCCAGCCGCCAAGACUCCAGUUACUUCUCCGACUUCUGUGGAGAGAGGACGGUGUUGCGGACUCGGAACUCUGCCGUGCCGUGCGAGGAGGAAUCCAACCGAGUUGUCGAAUCAACUGAAAACGGCGGCCUGUUCGAGCGACCCGGCUGCCGAUCCAUCACCGAUCCAGCCGGACAAGGCUUCACAAACUAUGAAAAUGACGGAAAAUCCAGUUUCUGCCCGCUGUACCGAGAACGGGACGGGUUUCAUCAAGACGAGGGCAGGUGUUACCCCAGAACAGUUCAACCCGCCAUAGCAGUUCGACUCAAUAGGGCGGGCAGUCCCGUUCACUUCAGGGCGAAAUAUUCUUGUUGCAAUCAGAGCAAAAAUGCGGAAAGUGGAUUUAUCGGUAACUAUAAUUCAUCCUUACCGCCACCAGCUUUGAAGUCUGUUAAAAGGAUGGUUCUUUCCGGGGAUAUAAAGGCUUUGAGUGGAAGUCCCUGCGCGCAGAUGACUCAGGGCGCCUCUCUGGGAUGUUCCAGCGACUCAGACUGCAGCCUAGAUCCAGAAAACGACUCGGAUUUCGGGUCAACGGACGAAGACGAAGAGGGAGAGUCGCUACUGUCCGGCUGCAGUAGUGACGACGAAAGCUCUUCGGCCUCCGAUUCCAGUUCGGCUUUCAGCGGUGCCUCCUUGCACAGCAUCCGCUUCAGGCAGGCCACCUUACCUAGUCUCUGUCACAAGACCCCUGCUGUCCCGGGGCAACCCGGACCGGAGGAGAGGCCGGAGCUCGCGACAGGGGAACGCCAAUCACUUUACGCUGGAGGUGCUCCCCAGUCGCGCCCGUUUAGCCGCCAGCCGGGUUACUGGCCCUCGGGCAACGCGACCGGCCGCCAGAACGCUCUGAAAAUUGAGGCUGAAGAGGUCGACGCGUCACAGCCGGAGACGGCUAGAAAUCCCACUCUGACCCCAAGCUACUUUGCAAAGCGUGGGGCCUCUCAACCCAGCCACCAAGAGAGCUCGCAGCCUUCACAACAAAGGGAUUUGCUGCAUUCAGAUGCACGGUCCGGUGCAUCCACUGCACUCUGCCUCGGCAUCAACUAUUUGAAAACCUCCGGGAGGGACGAGGGAACUUCACCAGCUGCCAACACCCAGGCUGAAGGGAGGAUUAAACAAACUUUCAAAAGUUCUGAUUUAAACCAGAGUUCUACAGUCACCAGCGCUGCCCCGGCCCAACAGAAUGUCCAGAGAGUCUUCGAUCCCAUCCACAGAUCGGGCUUUUGGAAGUUGGGAGAGCGCGAGAGUCCGGGGAACUAUGGCCUCAACCGAAAACGGCGGAAAGCGAAACACGUCCAGGGUAUCCACCGAAAUGAAAAUGGCGGAGUGCAGUUUGCGAGGGGCCACGGUGCCUCCGUCCACCGCCCCAAACACUCUACCUCAAAAGGAGAACAAAACCGCAGCACUUUACAGAGCAAAGCUUCGACCAUUGGUAGGUGGGACAAUGGUGCAAAAAAGAAACAGGUUUCUUCCAGGCGUGACAAACAGCUUAACUCCAAGGGAUGCUCCGCGAAGACACCUGACAGGAUUCAACCUUGGGUGACCGCGGCAGGCAAGAGGGCGAAUUUGCUGAAAGACGCGUCGAAGUGCAAACGAGUCACUUGCGGAUUAGCAACGCCAGUAAAGACAGCUUUUAGCCUCAUGGGGAAUUUCCCCUCGCCACCCUCACUGGUUGUGGGGGACGAUGGUGAUCUGUGCCCAGCCUAUUCGUUUUGCUCUGAUCAUUCCUGUUCAAUGCAGAAAGCUCACCCGGUGUGGAGAUGGCAAAUCGGGGGCACCGCCAUCCCUCUUCCGCCAAGCCAUAAAUUCAGGGGCUUCAGCAUUUAACCCGCUUGGGUUUGAACAUGAAAUGGCUGCGAGUGAGAUCUGCAGAGUUGGUGCUAAUGGGAAUGACCCUGAAAGUUAUUCUAUUUAUGACAUAUACAAACUGUUUGGAAAAAAAACAAUCAAAUCGGGAAGUAUGGUUUACAAUGUUGUAUGAAUGAGAGUCUUUCUAUCACGUCACCUCAAAUGAAACUCAGUCACAAUCCUAACAAAGAUCUGUCACAUUCAAGCAAAUUAAAUAUGGCACGUGCUAUUUUUUUCGAGACUGAAGUGUAUGGGAAAAAGGAAUUUAGUCCAAGGAUUGUACAAGCCUCUCUGUACCUUUGCACUAUUGAUCGUCCUUGUACAAUCGACCUAUAUACAUGGGAGCCUCGUUGGGUGAAUGCUUCAGUUUAUCCAGCGAACACGAUCUCAAACAAUGCGUUUAAACAACAAAAUAAUAACAAAUUUCAAACGUACAUUCAAUGUAAUCAGUAUGCAUUGUAGAAAGUGAAAGGAUGAACGGAGUUUUGUGAUUGUUUUGUUUUCCUCUGGAUAACUUUGUUUUUAAUAUUAGGUAAUCCCAAAAUGGAACAAUCUUUUAGUUUUGCUUAUCUCUGUUCCCUCGUUGUGUUCAGUAGGCCUUAAUUAAAAAUAAGCAGAAAAUAGUAGUAACAAAGCAAGAGGAGGGACCAUCUGUCAUCUUUUAUAAUGGGUGGAAUGUUCUCAUAAAAUUUUACUGCAUUUCUUACAUUUUUAAAAUGUUUAUUUUCUCUUAAAGUCGUUACGUAAGGAUGAACUAUUCUGAGAUUUAAUUUAAAUUCUGAGAUUUAAUUUAAGACAUGGUUCAGUUGAGAUUACACUGAAGAGGGAAUAAAAACGGGUGUGUGUGUGUGUGUGUGUGUGUGUGUGUGUGUGUGUGUGUGUGUUGUGUUGAGGGGGGGUCCGACCAUCGUUCGGCCAGAAUGAUUAAAUUUCUAUGAUCUCUCUUACUUGUAUCUCUUUAAUAAUCGGAUGUAUAACUUGCAGGGAAACACGGUAAGCUCCUUCCGUUUAGAUGCAAAUCAGUUGUACUCCGGAGGAAGAGAGGUUAAUGCAUCAGGGCACCAGGACAUGCAUUAAUGAUCAAACCCCCACACAAUCCUCCAAUCAAUAGUCCCUUUCAGAAUGACUCGAGACGAAAUGCCAUUGUAAUACCUUUUGGAAAUUAAAAAACAACAAUACUCAGUUGUUAUAAGAGUCAUUUGUUUAA